GUCAACGUAGAGUAUGCGGUAUAGCCAGGUAUUAGUUAGUGGCUGUUAGCCUAGCAUUCUGUGCAGACAGACAUUUAGCUCUAUUUGAUGAUGCUGAAAAACUUAACAAAUCUAAUAAUUAUAAUAUCCAACCAACCCUUCUUAAAAUCUGUAAAUAACAGUAAAUUAACAUAUAAAAGUAUAACUCAUAUUAGUUUGAUACAAUUCAACAUUAAAUACGAUGGACUUUUUACCAAAUCAGAUGGUCUAUUUUAACAAUAACAACAAGACUCUAGAUUCUAGAUCUAGUUUGUUUCCAGUGCAGUCUAACAUGACUUUGACAAGAUUAGUCACGAUUAUUUUUCGAAACCAUGUUAUUACAUGACUGCAUUUAUGAUAUGCCUAGACGUAAGACAUAAUCGCCUGAGUUUCAUACUAAUCUGACAGUGGGUUGUUUUAAAAUACGUGGAAUAAGCUCCAGCGACAAUCAGCGAAGUUUGAAGGUCAAGAAAAUAAAAUAAUCUUAUUAAAAAAUGAGUUCUGCCUCUCAGCUAUAUGUUCGGAAACUACUAAAGGCGUAUGCCACAUUGAACGCCUACUGUCAAAUAUACCCUCUUCCAGUUUCGCCGUUGCCCGCAACAAACACGCAUGUCAGGCAUUUUGCAACUGUGAAACUUAAAGAGCAAUCUACUGUUGAGAAAUGCUAUGCUUUGUUGGAGGUGGACUCCAACUGCUCAGAAGAUGAGUUGAGAUCGGCGUAUUUAGAAAAGGUGAAAUUGUAUCACCCAGACACCAGCAAUAAUUCCAGAGAUGCUAAUAUGUUUGCAAGGAUUCAAGAUGCUUAUAAAACUGCUAUGAAUCACAAAAGAGGUCAAGUUGUUGUUGAAGAAAAAGAAAUCGUUAAAGAAGAAGAUGAUGAUGGCGCUGGUCAUACAAUACCACAACAUAGGCGUUACCUUUCAUUUGAUGGAGUUGGAUUCGGUACCCCCAGUAAACGUGAACGUCAAUACAAACAAGUUCGUGUAUCCCAAGCUACUGAAUCUGUAUUUGAGCACAGGAAACGCAAACACGGAACUGGUGAGAGCACUCUGAUGACAAAAGAUAUGGCACAAGCAAGAAAAAUUAAAAUAAGUAGUUUUAUAGACAGGGUAGUCGAUGACAUGAUCAGGGAGUCCAUGCAGAAAGGAGAUUUUGACAACUUAUCUGGCAGUGGGAAACCACUGGAAAAGUCCGACUACAACCCUUACAUAGACCCAACCACCCACAACAUCAACAAAAUUUUGGUCAACAAUGGUUUCAAGCCAGAAUGGAUCAUGCUGUCAAAGGAGAUCAGAGUUAACAUAGGCUAUGCUAAAGAAAAACUGUCUAUACUACGAGAGCAAAUGGGACCACCACCCUAUUUUAAUGAAAAUGAAUUACGCUGGAAAUUCGGCAUUGACAAAUUCAGAGACCAAGUUAAGGAAAUCAAUUUCAAAAUUAAUAAGUACAACUUUAUUGUUCCUUUCAUGGAGAGACAGAUGGUUCACUACAAUGCUGAACAGUGUGUUGAGGAUGUUCUUGAAAACCAUGUGGCAUACCUGCCAAGAGACGCAAGUGGUAAUGUUUUGACCCUGACUGAGAUGGACACAGCCAAAGAUAAAAAUGAAGAUCGUAUAAAUUGGACAGAAGUGUGGUCAAAUAUUAAGGAUAUAUUUAAAUACAGAUAACUUUAAAAAAAAAAUGUGAAAUACAGAAUCUAGAUCUAAAGUUGUGUUGUUACAC